AUGAAUUCCCUGAUCGGCCAGGAUGGCGACGCCGAGUUCAACCUCCACGACAGGCAGGUGAGCGUGAUCAUCCUCCUGGUGGUGGCAGUCAUCGCCGGCGUGUGCCGCGCGCUGCGACGCUUUCUGAACAUACCCGUCGUGGCCGUGGUUACAGCGCUGGGAUUCAGCGCAGGCCGCCUCGUCAGUGGCUACGACGCGAAAGAGAAAGUUCUUCCGGUUACCGACCAGCACAUCCGUGAGCUGCUCUUCCUCUACUUGCCCGUGCUCACGUUCACCGGCUCGUUCAACCUUCGCAGCCAACUGUUCAGGCAGUGCUUCUGGCAGUGCGUGCUGCUUGGCUUUGGUGGUCUGCUCUUCAGCACCAUGCUCUUCAUGCUGUACAUGUCGGGCACCCGGGACGCCGACAAGCAGCACUUGGCCGAGACGGUGCUCAUCAGCCUGCUCACCUGCUGUCCCGAGCUCAUGUUCGUGUCCGACAUGAACGCGCUGUCGUCGGCACGCUCGCACAUACUCGAGACCAUCAUCAUGGGCGAGCCGCUCAUCGGAGCCACCGUUCUCUGGAUGGCCUACCGGUUCAGCACGCUGUCGGAGCAGUUGACUGUUUAUGCCUUCCUAAAGACAGUCACGUCUACGCUGUUCAUCGGGCCGCUGGUGGGCAAGGCGCUCGGGCACGCACUCGCGAUGGCCAUGAUAGCGUUGGCACAGGACCUUCCCGUCUCCAUCGUGGUGAGUGCUAUCAGCGUGAUUGCGACGUGGGCCUUCGCCGAACAGUUCAUGCACGGUGCUGGAAUCAGCACCAUCCUCUCAAUGGGUCUUGCCGCCAGCUCUCACGCAGCGGACACUGUGUCCAACCCGAUAGCGAUCAGGAAGUUCUGGAUGCUCAUCAGGUACGGCUACAACGUCGUCGUCAUCUUCUUGUCUGCUUAUCGGAUAGGCCGAGACUCGCAAGAGUUUCUGUCGUGGCAUGAGAUAAUCAGCCCAGUCAACGCGUACGUUGCCAAGAUCGGCGUCCGGUUCGUCACUGUCAUCGUGAUGUAUCCGCUGCUGUCGUCUGUGGGCUAUAGCCUCAGUUGGCAGCAAUGCUUGAUUGUGGCUUGGGCGAACUUCAAGGGUGCCAUAAUGAUCGCCAUGGACUUGACCAGGGCUUUCCCGACCGUCAACCUCAAGCACGCCCUUCAGGAACAGUUUGUUCGCCUGGGCACGCUAUUUCUUGUGCAAGUCCUGAACACCACAACGCUGCCGAAACUAGUGUCCAUGCUCGGGCUCCUGGCACUGUCGGACGUGGAAAGGGCCAACAUGAACAUGGUCAUAAUCGCGCUUCGCAACACCGCGAAUUCGUCAACUAGCUUUCAGCGACGAGACAAGAAGUUCUCAGGUGCCGACUGGAAGUGGGUUCAGAUGCACACGUAUAUCGACAACCCUUACGGAGGCGUCGAGGAAGACGACCACGCUGAGCAGACGGACACAUACAUGCCGGCACGCCUCUACAGGAAUGCUGCUGCAAGGAAGGCCAGCUGCUCCAUCCUCAGACUUCAGAAGGUUUGUUGCAACAAGCAAUACGAGGAUGGCAUGAUUCACAGCAAAACGAGGAGCAAGAUACUGGCCGCCCUGCAGUAUCCUAUGGAGAAGGAAGUCUACCUGGAUUACAACAUGAUGGAGCCUUUCGUGACCGUCCCCGACUGGAUCUACCGGCUUAAGGACAUGGUGCAACGAUUCGCCGGUAACGAAGCCAUUGAGAAGCGCCAAUCCAAAUCAGUACGUUCCACCCGCUCGCGAACAGAUGACGACGAAGACAAUAUGGAGCAAGUUAGCCUCCUCUCAGCCAUGCUCAAGGAAGGCUGGUACCACGCCUUGGUCGGAUUCAUUGCUUUGGGCUUCGUGUUGCUGCUCAGUGGCCUGGCUUUGUUUAUGAUUACAAAGCGCACGGACCCGUCACAGUAUGAGCUACUCCUGUCGAUCAUCACGUCAGUGCAGGGCGCUUACCUGCUGCUCUAUUCGAUCGAGAUGGGCAGUCUGGUGUACACCAUUGGCAUGCUGCGCGUCGGCAAGGAUAUAUGGAAGCAGCUUGAUGUUAUCAUGUACUUCCUGGUCGUGACCGAGUUCGCGCUCAUCAGCAUGGCCUCCGUGAGCGGUGGCGGCAAGCCCGACGCUACUUACACCAGCUUCCUGCAGAUAAGCUUCAUCAUACUAAUCUCGUGCCGGAUCGUGAAGACACUGCAGAAGCGCGUCGUGCUUUUCUUGUGGAUAUGGGACAUGCUGGACGUGCUGCUUAACCGCAAACUGUUCUACGCGUAUGACCUCAGCUGGGCCUACAUCACGGCUGAGGACGAGGCGAUGAACAAGGUGUCCCGUUUCGUCACCACGCCACAGCUGGCGGCCGCCAUUCGUGAGAACAGCGGCUACAACAAGCUGCGGACACUCAAGAACGUCGUGGACAUCCAGCAGCGCUACCCCAACAUCGAAGUGGCGACCAAGACGCGCCAGGCAGCUCGAAGGAUCCUCAACAAGGCGUUCGACGGCCUCAGGGAGCUGCACGAAGGGGGCCUACUGGACGAGAAGCAGUUCGGCUUGCUCUUCUCCAACCUGUCGUGGAUGAUCCAGCGCGCCGACGGCAUGCCCGCCAACGUGACCGUGGGCAACGCCGCCUUCAACACGAUGCUCAGCGUGCCGUGGCUCUCGCGCGACGUCGUCCCGCGGCUGCUCAAUUCCUUCUACCAGUACCUGAAGGAAGGCGAGCUGCUGGUGGAAAAGAACAACAUGCACGACUGCGUCUUCAUCAUCUGCUCGGGUAUCGUCCGGGUGAGCGGCUGCAACGAGGAGCCCUGGGCGAACCCCGUGCAGCUCGCCAACUCGGACUCGACGCACUUCUACUUCUGCGAGGGCGCCUUCCAGGACUACCUCGUGGCGCCCGACAGUCUCGGCCUGCUGGGCUUCCUGACGUCCAGGCCGUCGGUGUGCCAGUGCGUAUGCGAGACGGACGUCGAGGUGUGCUGCAUCCCCAUGGAGGAGAUGACGGCGCUGAUCGAGCAGCACCCGGAGGCGCCGAACCUCGUCUACCGCAUGUGGUUCAGCGUGGCCAUCCGCAUCGGGCUUGCCGUGCUCGUGAACCAGAAGCGGUACCAGGAGUGGACGCACGACAAGCUAAAGCGCUUCCUGGAGAACGGCAUCAUGCCCAACUUGUAUUACGCCAUCGACUUCUCGCUCGACGAGGCCGUGCUGGACGUCAUCCUGGUCCAGGGCGUGGUCCAGUGCUCCAAGACGCAGGAGCUUUACACUGGUCCCGCGUACAUCCCCGGCACGGUGCGCGAGAUGACGUUGCCGGGCAUCCCCUCCGAUCGGGCCCGGCCCAUAAUGCUCAUCACCACCGCGAUGCGUUACCACCUGCCGAGCGACCUGGACUGGUUCCACCAGCCGCUCACGCACUACGACUACAAGAAGCAACGCGCCGUCUCCGUGGCGGUCGUCGGACCCGGCUAGC